UGUAAAAUGGUAAACUAACCCUUUUUAUCAUUUCAGCCUAAUACUUUAGGGUGUGACAGAAAUAACUCAAGUUCUUCGAUUGAACGUACAAAAUUGCAAGACAAGGAAACAGACAAUUUAAAUGACAGAACAGCACGUGAAAUUAGUUUCCAAGGACUAAAAGGUAAUUCUAAAAAUGAAGCAGAUGUUGUACCGGAAAGACUCUCCUCAAAUUCUCAAUUCAGUAAUUCUGUCGAUAUACAAGAAGAUGGUAACGAGAUUUCAAACGUAGAGGGCAUUGCUAACAUCCCGCCAUUUUCAACUACAAUGACACGUGACCAAAGCACUACAGACAAUCAGACACAAAAUAAUGUGAUAACUGACACCGAAAACGAUGUGAUGCAAGAUGAUGCAUUAAGUUUAGAAGAUCAACAUACUGAAUCGAAUGACCUAAAUGGCAAUUCAAACAAAGACAAAGAAGAAAAACAUGUUUUAAAAUCGACUUUUGACGAUCAUUUGAUAACAGUUGCAUUUGAAAAAUAUAAACCUUUGAUACAGAAGGAUUUGUUUCUUCUCCACCCUUUUCCAAAUGUGUUAGAGUCAGCACAAAAUACCAUCAUGGGGAAAAAGAAUUCUGAUGUUCCUCGAUUUAAUGAUGGAAUGCCAAUACCAAUACCAUAUCGUUGGGAUUUAGGUUGCGAUCAUCAUACCAAUGGAUCAAAGAUGUGUUCGAGUAUACCACUUGCCAAUUUCGAAAGCCGUUUGAAACAGGAAGUUACAUCUUACGACAAACUUCGAUUAAUCUUCGAUGUAGUGACGUCAUUUAUUUCUAAGGAACAGUUAGAAAAUGAUGCCAUACAUCUUGGUAUAAAAAUGAAAGAUGAAGAAACCGAUAUUUAUGUGGAGAUAUUUAAUUAUUUUUGCAGUGUUGUAAAUAUUCCAUGUAUGACAAUUCAUGGAUAUCUACGAACUAUUCCGAAAGAGAAAAAGGUGGAUUGGUCAGUUGAGAGUCAGUGGCUAGCAGUUUUGCACGAAAACAGAUGGAUGUUGAUUGACCCUCAUCCAGUAGAUAAGAAAUUGUGGGAGUCUAAAAAUUGCAUUAUGAUUGGUUCCUCAUACAGAAAAAUAAAUACUGUUGAUUUUCUUUUCCGUAAACAAAUGGACAAUCAUUUUUUGGUUAAUCCCGUUGAAUUUGUUUAUUACUGUUUUCCACACAAAUCUUAUUGGCAACUGCUAUGGAGAUUCGUUACCUACGAUGAAUGGCAAAAUAUGGUUUAUCUAACAUCCUUCUUUUUUGAACUGAAACUAACAUUGAAAACAUCUCACACUUUACACGUAGAUAUGACAUCAGAUCAAUUGAAAACUUUCAAAAUAUCUUUUCCAUCUAAUAAAAAGAUACAAUUUGCAGCACGAUUUUGUUCUUAUGGUGGUGAUUGUCUCGACACGCCUGAGAAAUCCUGGACGUUUGUCGAUACCGAUGUUGACAAAUGCGAAACAGCGGUCAGGUUAAAUACAGCACAUAAUGGAGUGCUUAAAGUAUACGCCAUGGAUACAGAAUCCUCUAGUAUAUAUGUUAUGGUAUGCUGUUAUGACAUCAUGGCUUCUUACGACAACAACAACAAACCCGAUAGUAAAGAUGUUUCCGGAUUUCCGAGAAAUGUUUUGCGUUUUGAAUGGGGACCUGGGAUUGAUACAAGAAUUUGUGGGCUCGUUCCACUUUCUCACAGAGAUUCAGAAAUAACAACUUCGGAUAGUUCAGUACUUAUCAAGUUCAAACGUACAAAAGAUGACUACAUGUAUGACUUCAGUAUCGACACUAUAUCUACUUCCGAUGAACCGAUAUCAAGACGUUUUGUUUUCUUCUGGUAUGACACAGAUUCAAUAACAUACCGGAUAAGCAGCCCAUUUCAAGGUCUUAUCUUAUUCAAUAUUUUAAAAAGGGAGACGAUAUUAUUAUCCCAUAAUGCAUCAGUGUGUUCGUAUCUUAUUAAUUUCCUUAAUGAACCAUCAUGUAAUUGCAUGCCUCCACUUGUUGAAGAUGGGAAACUUGGGAUAACAAAAGACGGACGACGAGAAAGAAUAAGGUUCACAGACUGUGUUAACGGAAUCAUUAAAAGCACUAAUUCAGGAGAGGUAACUUUACGUCUGGAAAAUUAUAAUGGUGGUCAUAUUGAGCCUCGUCUUCACAUAAUUACGUCAUGUUUCCAUAACAUGAUUCGACAUGUUUUCAUUACUUAUAACGCGUCUUUAGUUAUCAUUCGUUUAAAUCUGCCUAGAAUAGGAGAAUAUUUAUUAUCAUUAUUUUCUGGUGCGGGAGAAACUGAUUCAAAAUGUUUGUAUAAUGGUUUAAUAUCUGUAACUAACCCUUCUUUACGAUGGUCGCCAUAUCCAGAACUUUGUCCUGAACGGACCAAUAAUAUUGGCGUAUUUUCUCCAAAAUCCGGAAUACUGUCAGCCAAAACAGAUAUUUAUUUUUCUAUUGAAAUACCUAAUUCUGUAGACGUUGCGGCAGUAUCAUGUAAAGGAUGGACGCACCUCGAAGAAACUAGCAAACACAUAUGGGAAGGACUUGUUACAACAGGGUAUGCAGGAACCGAUGUCAAAAUAAUGGCCAGAUUUGAAAUUGGGUCAGAUGAGUUCCUGCGAUUGCUGACUUAUAAGGUUAUAUCAGCUGCUGAAAUAGAAACCAAGACUAAACAUCAAAAGUUGUUAGUGAAGAAUGCUGGGUAUAAACUUGACAAUGAUGAAAUUCUAAAGUUGAUGUUAGAUAAAGUUUAA